AACGGCGAACGGAAAAAUUAGAACGCAGCUUGACGAAGUCUCUCAGAAAUACGGGACUUCAACAACAAUUGAUUAGUGACUAAACAUACUGCCCGGAUCAAGGAAGUUCUGUGAUCAGAGUUCUUAUUCUCUAAUCAUGCGCGGCAAUGGCUGUGACAAGAAGGUUGGCGUUGAGAGUAGAACGUGCUGGCUGCUCACAGUGCUCACAGUGUCACUUGUAGUCAAUGUCGUGUUCGCUGCUGUUUGCUAUGUCACCAUGAGAAAUCAACAGAGCGACAUUCUCGAUCUGCAGAAGAAAAUGGCAGAGCUGCAAGAGCAGCAGUCAGCAACAAGUGAGAUGAAGCACGAGAUAAGUGACAUUUUAUCAGUGAAUGCAGCAGACAGAGAGAAGAGAUCAGUAUUGUCUUCCAAUUCAUCGUCUCGUGUAGCAGUCGAUGUUGGGUCGGUGUUUGUAUCAGCAAUCAAAAGCAUGUGUAAACCAGAAGGAGUUGUCUGCAUCCCAGGAGCAAAAGGAGAAGGUGGACAAGCAGGCAGAGAUGGGUUGCCGGGAGUAAAUGGAUUAGCAGGAAGAGAUGGAAAGCCUGGCAGAGAUGGACGUCCCGGUAUUGAUGGAAAUCCUGGCAGUGAUGGCACGCCAGGUAAAGAUGGAGAACCCGGUGAUGAUGGUUUGCCGGGUCGAGACGGUUUGUCUGGUGCUACCGGCAGAGAUGGUCCCAUCGGUUUAAGCGGUCCACCUGGUAAGCCUGGAGCUAAGGGAAUGGGAUUGCCUGGAAAGCAAGGUCCAAUAGGGAUACCUGGUGUGAAGGGAGAGAAAGGAGAAAGGGGGGAGAAGGGAGGGAAAGGAGACAUCGGAGGGCAAGGGAUACAAGGGGUUAAAGGAAUUCGGGGAGAAAAGGGAGAGCGAGGUGACAGAGGCGAACGAGGAUAUACUGGUUUUAAGGGAGAGAUGGGAGAGACCGGCGAGAAAGGACUGCCAGGGGAGAAAGGUAAUAGAGGGAUACAAGGCGAGAAAGGAGAGACGAGUAAAGUAACAUUACCAAGUCAGUGUAAUAACUCGAACCAUCAAGUUUUAUCCAACAAGUGGAGAAAAGUUUCCUACACAAAAGCCGGUUUUCGUUGCGAUGCAAAGACGACUGGAUUUCAACCAGGAUGGUACGUAUUUGAUGCUAGUAUUGGAGGAAAAAUGCCUCAGACGUGCCCACCAACUGGUCGUUGUGGAGCGUUUGCGCCGGGAUGGCUGAAGGGAUCUCACCCGACCGAAUUCGGACAGACGAGUAAAGAAACGGUUUGUUUUCAUUGGAAUGAAAAGUGCUGUAACCUGCAGGUGACUGUCGAUAUCACCAACUGUGGAGGAUUCUAUGCAUACAAGCUGCCUUAUACGUCGAACGUGUGUUCUUCGGUGUAUUGCGGGGAUGCCUCUGAAUCAGUUGAGGUUGUAGACAUUUCGACGAUCACGAGCAACAGCACGUCCGCAGCUGAUCACAAAGAGAAACGUUGGGUGAAAGAUCCGACACUUGGUUAUGUAGCAAUUAGAAAUCUGCAGAAUGUUGUGGCAGAUGUGCAGGAGGAUCUAUCUGCAUGCAGUGAAGUGAUGAAUCAGAUGAGUGGAAUGUCAUCAGAGAAUGCAUAUGCGGCAGACAGAGAGAAGAGGUCAGAUUUAUCUCCUAGUUCAUUAUCUCGACUAGGAGAUCUAGAAGGAGCGGUCUGCAUCCAGGGAGAGAAAGGAGAAGCUGGACAACCAGGAAGAGAUGGGUUGCCAGGGAGAGAUGGAAUUGGACUGCCAGGAAGAGAUGGAAUUGGACUGCCUGGAAGGGAUGGAAAUCCUGGUAGGGAUGGUGAACCUGGUGACCUUGGUUUACCAGGUAGAAAUAGUUUGCCUGGAGAUCCUGGCAAAGAUGGCUCUGUGGGCUUACCUGGUAAGCCUGGAGCUAAGGGAAUUGGAUUGCCUGGAAAGCAAGGUCCAAUAGGAUACCUGGUGGGAAGGGAGAGAAAGGAGAGAGAGGGGAGAAGGGAAGGAAAGGACUCGUCUGAGGGCAAGGGGUUAAAGGAAUUCAGGGAGAGAAGGGAGAGCAAGGGGACAGAGCGGCAGCAAAUACAAGAAAUCUCUCAUUGGUCUCAAGCUUCGCUCCGGCCGGCAGGCUGCACAUUGCCCUCGUGGUCACGAGACACGAAAUCACGUGGCAACUUGUCGUACUGUAGUAUAGUCUCGCGUAGCCAAACCCCUCCCCUUUUUAUAUCUACAGUUGAGAUUGCAGACUUUUCGAUGAUCACGAGCAGCAGCACGUCUGAAGGCAAACGCUGGGUGGCAAACCCAACAUGUUGGUUGCUUACAGCUUCACUGAUUGCCAAUGUUGUGAUUGCUACAGUUGGUUAUGUAGCAAUUAGAAAUUUGCAGAAUGAGAUGGCAGACGUGCAAGAGCAUUUAUCAGCAGCAAGUGAGAUGAAGCAUCAGAUGAGUGAUGUGUUGGUAGAAAAUGCAGCAAACAGGGAGAAAAGAUCGGCAUUGUCUUCCACUUCAUCAUCUCGACUAGCAGUCGAUGUUGGGUCAGUGUUUGUAUCAGCAAUCAAGAGUAUGUGCAAACCAACAGGAGCUGUGUGCAUCCCGGGAGGAAAAGGAGAAGCUGGACAAUCAGGAAGAGAUGGGUUGCCUGGAAUAAAUGGAUUGCCUGGACGGGAUGGAAAACCAGGCAGUGAUGGCACGCCAGGUAAAGAUGGAGAACCUGGUGACAAUGGUUUGCCAGGUAGAGAUGGUUUGUCUGGUGCUACUGGCAGAGAUGGUCCUGUGGGUUUACGUGGUCCACCUGGUAAGCCUGGAGCUAAGGGAAUGGGAUUACCUGGAAAGCAAGGUCCAAUAGGGAUACCUGGUGGGAAGGGAGAGAAAGGAGAGAGAGGGGAGAAGGGAGGGAAAGGAGACAUUGGAGGGCAAGGGAUACAAGGGGUUAAAGGAAUUCAGGGAGAAAAGGGAGAGCAAGGUGAUAGAGGUGAACGAGGCUAUACUGGUUAUAAAGGAGGGAAAGGGGAAAGGGGGAUGACCGGAGAGAAAGGAACGAGAUGGGGAAAAGGUGGUAAAGGAGAGAAGGAAGAACUAGAAUUACCGUUACCAAGUCAGUGUAAUAAGGCAAAUCAUAGUGUCUUGUCUGAGACACGGAGGAAAGUUUCAUCAAGUCAAGCUAAGUUUGGAGAGCAUUGUGAUAAUAAAUUGCAAUCGGGAUGGUAUGUAUUUGCUGCUAGUAUUGGAGGACAAAUGCCUGAGACAUGCCCACCAACAAAUCACUGUGGAACAGAUGCACCAGGAUGGCUAAAAGGAACUCAUCCCACUGUAGUUGGACAGAGCAGUAGAAACACGGUAUGUUUUCACUGGAAUAACAACUGCUGUGCGUGGCAGGUAGCUGUUGAUGUCACCAACUGUGGAGGAUUUUAUGUGUACAACUUGUUCGAAAAACCUCCUUGCCAUUCAGUGUACUGUGGUGAUGCAUGAUGUGACAUGCAGUUAAUUGAAUGUCAGAUGUGAUGAUUGCAAAGCUUGCCAUGUUAGUUGGAUAAGAUAAUGUCUACAGUUCAUCAUUCUAUAAAGACCAGAAUAAUUUGAACUCAAUUUUGUUGUUCUCUAAGCUGCUGAUGUUUGUGAAA